UACUUCCUUGCGUUACUUGAACUUCAAAUUUUUCAUCUCCGCUUGGGUGUUGCGGAAAACAAUCGGCGGAAGUUUUUUUAAGUAGAUCUAGUGUUUGUGCUACUCUAUUGUGAUCCGGCAUGUAUGAAGAACACUACGACGAAGAUGGAUUCAAACUAUCCUUCGACGAUGGCGUGUCCAAAAUGGAUAAGCGGUUUUUCAUGCGUACGUUUCCGAACGUUAGCCGGAUCGCGGAGCGCAAGGUGCACUGCACCUCCUGCCAUACGCAUAUUGGAACGGCCCCGAUUUCCGAGGCCGUCAUCCGGAAACACCCGGUCCUGGGAGUUACGCAGUGUAGCGACUGCCACGAUUUCUACAACAGCGGCGAAUUCUCGAAAGGGGAAGAUGGUAGCGAGCUGUACUGCCGGUGGUGUGGCCAGGGUGGCGAGGUCUAUUGCUGCUCCAACUGUCCGUUCGUGUUCUGUAAGAGCUGCAUCACCAAAAAUUUGUCACGGGUCUGUGUGCAGGAUGUCGCUUCGAAUGAUAACUGGAGCUGUUUCCGGUGCGCUCCGAAUAUCUUGAGCCAUCUAAGGGCCCAACAUUGGGCGCUGGUCAACUACAUCCAGAAGCAGAAAAAGGAAAUUAAAAAGAAAAACUACAAUGCCCAAACCAUAAUGGCAAUGAUGAAGGAAGAUAAAACAACCUGCUGUGCUACGAAGGGGAAAAAAUCGGGGUCGCACGGAGGCUCGGCAAAGAAUGCCCCUAAACAGCGCACUGGCAGCAUCCCAGAGGCAUCGAGCAGUGGCACGGAUUCACCAAAACCCUCUACCAGCAAAGCUGCCACUGCUUCAACUAUUGAUAAUGACGAUUCCGUGCCUCUCGCAGCGCUAAAAAAGUCAAAGGACCCGCCUUCUAGAAAAGUCGUGCCAGCUCAGGUGCUGCUUAGGCAACCUCAAAUCAUUUUGAAUUCCGUGCUGGCACAAAAGGAUAAACCCCAGCGUCGAUCGGAGGAAGAAACAACCGAAUCGGCCAACCGAAGCCUGCCAGAUCGGAAGAAGCAGCAAGCAAUGGAUCAGCUGGACCGUAUUGCGGGGAAUAAACGUGUCAAAGAAGAUCAUAGGGCUGAAAAACGUCAACACGAAUCACCGAAGGUACCAAAAUCGGAAGACCAGGCUGAGGAAAAAUCCUCCGCAAAGAAGGCAAAGCUCAGUAAUGACGAAGUCGUCUGCACGCCCGAUAUUAUGGGUCUCCUGUCGCCUGUAGUGGAAAUUACACCGCUUGCACCAAUUCUACGAAAAGCGCGAGUCUCGGAAAAGGUGUAUUCAUCAGGCCGGGAAAAGGGUGUGUCUGGUACGUCAACAGCCGCAAAACCUUUUUCGAUUGAUGAUCUACCUACUACGGUUUCCGUACAGUACGGUUAUCGAUCGAAAACUAAACCAACUGGGAAUCAGCCAGUUCCAGCAAAUGAUAUACGCUCAAUGCACCACAAACUGCAACAAUAUCUAGGAACAAAAGAUCCGCCAGCAACGCCCAAAUCUUCCAAGCUGCCCUUACCGAUGCCGGUACCUAGUGCGAAUAGAGGUACGCAAGCCCCAGUCUAUCAUAUAAUCAACGGGUUUCGUGUGGAUCUUCACCUGGCUUCACAGCAGAGUACCUAUCGGUUACCAGAUGGUAAGCUUAUUCAGGUACGGAAGCAGAAAAACAGCCAACACGAAUCUGUGCCAAAUAGCAAUGAGUCAGACGAGGCGCAGGACCAGAAUAAGGCUAGGUCUAGUGCACGGAGCACUACGAACAGUAGUAAUUGUAGCUACACCGUGACAUCGUUACCAUCUGCUUUAAGCAACGCCUCUCAAACCGAAGAAAUUCCGAAAGGCAAACGUAUGUUUUCUGUGCACCAAACACUACCGAAGGGACAUCCCCAACUGGCAAACAACAAUAUAAAGCACACUCAGCCGCAUCUUUUAGUCACGAAUCAACGUAUGCCUGUUAAGCAGCUACGCUUCCAGCAGCUACCGUCUCAACAGCAACAACCGCAGCAAACACCGCGGCUGGCUCGAGAGCAACAGCAAUCGGCAGUCCAGCAACAGCAAUCGCCAGUCCAGCAACAGGAAUUGCAGUUAUCGCCACAGGAACUGCAGCAGUCGGCUUUACUACAGCCACAGCAGCAGCAACCACGACCCAAAUCCAAACAAAUGAAACAGAAAUCGUCGUUGCGACCGCUGCUGCCAGCAGGAACGCUGCUGCUACGACCACAGUCGGAAUUGCAGCAACAACCGUUUCAGCAGUCGCAAGUGCAGCAACAACCGUUUCAGCAGUCGCAAGUGCAGCAACAGCCGUUUCAGCAGUCCCAAGCGCAGCAACAAUCGUUUCAGCAGUCGCAACUGCAGCAACAACCGUUUCAGCAGUCGCAAAUGCAGCAACAACCGUUUCAACAGUCGCAAGUACAGCAGCCGCAAUUGCAGCCACAUAUUAUACUGCAUUCACCAUUCCAACAACAAAUCCAACAUGAGCAGCAGUUAUUGCAACAACAAAUGAAGCAGCGGGAGCAGUCGUUGCAACAACAAAUGCAGCAGCAACCAAUGCAACAGUUUCGGAUUCAACACUCGAACCCGCUUCCAGCUCAACAGAUACUUAGGCUUCCGCCGUACUUGGAGAUUUCGACAUACCAACCACCCAAUCCAACAGGACAACAGAAUAUGCUAGGUCUGCCGCUUCAAUCGUCCAUGAUCCCACAACAGCAAAUGCAGCCGCAGCCAUUUCAACGGCCACAACCACAACAGCCACAAAUAAUAGUGACAGCAAUAACACCGUCUGCACAGCAGAGAAAGAGGGGAAGGCCAUCGAACAAAAAUAAUCCACCCGCCGCUAUGAACUCCUCUGGUGCUGCAGUAACCGCCAAUAAUGUUACACCCAUUGUCAGACCUCCGCUGCUGAAUACAUUGCGCGACAUGGUGAAUGGCCCCCAUCAGAACUCACAGGUCGGGAGGGGAAAGAAAGAGUUCGAAGCUAAGCUGCUGGUGGGUGCGGAAACAUGCCAUCAGAUAAUGAGCAAAAUCGCUACCUUAACAGGUUCGCAGUCCUUCAAGAAGAUUCGUCAUUUGCGUGAUUUAAAGGAACUCUAUCUACAUAUGUCUUACCUGCUGACAUACGGCGUAAGGCGUUUGCAAGGGUUGCAGGAACAAUGCAUUGAGGAUGUGCAUGCCCUUGGUUUUGAUAAUGCCUCCGAAUUUUUGCGUACGGAUGUAGCGACCAACGUUAGUGCACCGGAGGAGGCAGACAAAAGUGGUCAAGGAGAAGCCAAUCCUGAGGACGAUGAGGACGAUGACUGUGAAAUCAUCGAACAGAGAGCAACAGUCAUUGAGGUAGAUUCGGACGACGAUGAGGGAUCGCAAGCGGCACAACCAGAUCAAGCGACCAACACGAGCACGCAAGAAAGCGUACAGUUGGCCGCAAGAUUUGAAAUCGUAGGUGGCGAGCAGGGAAACUAUGAUUUUAGACCUAUCGCUUCUCCGUUGGCUGGUGGCGGUGAAUCGACUGCAACCAGCUCAUCUAACACUCAAUCGACUGGUGCAGAUAAUAAUAGUCAACGGCAAAAUCUCGAGCGGACUGCACCGCCCGAAGGUGAGGUGGUAGUUGAUCAGACUAAUGCUAGCGAGCCUACAAACGCAACGAAGCCAUCCGAAUGCCACCUAGGGAACAGUUCAGCUUCAGCAUCACGAGAACAAGCGCCAAACGAUUCCAACGAACUAGUGGAAUUGAUUGAACUUAAUGAGGCGAACGAUGGCGGCACCGAAGCACAAUGCGCACAUGUUAACCAGGGAGUGGAAGCUCGCGACCGUGUCAGCGAUGGUGCAAAUGUAGAGAAAGCGGCAUCAACAGUGGAGCAGGAUGCAUCAACGUCCAAAGGCAAUGAAAGCCUUUCUGGAAGUGAGCUGUUGGAGCAGCUAGACAGUUUGAUGGACCAAGGACUCCUAGAUGAUCCCAAAAUACUAGCGACUGAUACCGGGAUAAGUGAUGUAUCAAAAGAAGCAGCGGAGCUGUUUGAGAUAUGUCCAAAAGAAGUGUCCGAAUUGUUGAAUAACCAGAUGGUUGACACAAUGGUAGAACAGGAGCAAAACAAUCAAACUAAUCAAGAAGAUGUUGAGAAGAACGAUGAAACAAAAGUGGUCGAAGAGGCGAACAAGAAACAAACGACUACUAACAUCAGCAGUGCAAAUAAUGAAAGUAAUUUGACGCUAGAGACUACGGAGGUAGUUGAUUCAUCAAAUCAAGCUGAUGGAGCUGCAAUUAUAGUGGCAGAUAAAACUAAUGCGUGCCCUAGCGUGGAGUUAGAAAUUGCGACGGAAGAUUCAAAAACUGAGGAAAAGGAUCAAAGUGGAGAAUCCACUGUUCCUCAAAAGAGCGGAGCGAAUUCGCUACUAGAAAAGCAAGACAUCAGCGUAGAAGGGAAGGAUAAAGAGGAUUCUUUGAAGCAGAGUGCAGGUAUCACCAAUUUAGAUUUCGCAGAGCAAGAACGAAAGACAUUAGAAUGUGGUAAUGAAAAAGAUCGUAUGCAAAGCGAUGAUAAUGCGAUGUCAGAGAUGGUCGGUGAGAAGGAUUCAGUAGAUUCGACGAUCGCAAUUGAUAGUGUUGCCGAUGUAGAUAUGCAGGAUGUGUCUAAUAGAGAUGAAAAAGUUGAGCAGCAUUCAGAAGGUAGAACGGGAGAUGUUGAAAUGAAAGACGUUUCAAAUACGAUGCUAGAUAAGGGCGAAAUCGUCAAUGACUCAAACAUCCUUAAACAAAAUUCAGUUGCCUCUUCUGUACUAAUUUGCAGUGAAGAUUUGGAACUACAAUCCAUAGUGCCAUUAGAAGACACUAACAAAGCUGUAGAGAUGAAGGAUAAAUCAUCUCCAAACAAGCGCAAAGAAGUGAUCUCCAUUGUUUCAAAACCGGAAAACAAUCUUGAAGGAGAAGAAUCUCAAAAGCCGGCCGAUAAUCAAGCACAACAAAUGGAGAACACAGUUGCACAACAACAGCAGACUAAUGAAAAUUGUUCGGAUGCACGGAUUCGAAGCACGGGAAAAGAAGAAUCGUUUUCGAAAGCCAAAAUUACAGUAGAAAAUCCGGUAAAGGAAAGCGAAGACAUUGAUGAAGAAACAGUCGAUGAUUUCUCGGAAAAGUCCGUAGAACAUUUAAAUGAUGAUAGCAUGCCCGGUGGCAGUACUAUUGUCCCAUCUGUCGAAUCUUCUAUCACAUUGAAAGCUGAUAAAACGAUAGUUUUAUCAUGCAACACUUCCACUAAAAACGAUGAAAUGGAAAUAUCCGAGGUAAAAAAUGCGCAGCCUGAUGAUAAUGUAGACGCCCUAUCCACGGGAUCGUCUGAAGGAUUUCGCAGUCCAGAAACAAUUUUGUCCGAUUCGUUUCUGUUCGAUGACCCACGCGUUGGUAUGAGCGGUGAGGGUUCGAAAAUGGAGGAGACGAAUAUUAAUGAAGAGGCAUCUAUCUCCACUGUGGGAGAAGCUUCACAAGAAGCCAAUACCGUUGUAGAAACAUCGGCGGUAUUGGAUGAGCAGAACAUUGUGAAUGAAGAUUUGAUAUCACUAGAGUCUAUUUCGAAUGAAGCAUGGGAAGAUUCGGAGCAAGAUCUGACUCAAGAUGGAGUCAACAAGAAAACUGAAUAGCAUAAAUUGAAUUCCACAGCAUCAGUAGGCGCAUCGCCACUUUCUGAUGAAAGUGAUACAAACCCAUAAGAGGGUGAUAGUUGAAGUUGUGAGAAUUGUGAAUUUCUGCAAAACGCCAUCUGUAUUGUUAUAGAUUCUAUAUAUAAGCCAAUGAUUAUAAUUUACUGUCGUGAUGUACAACCCCAUUCACAGAAAGGUAUGCAACCGGGUCUCUUAACGCUUAAGACCCGGUUGCAUACAUUUUGUAAAUGGGGAAAUACAAUGCAAUCUUGAAAUAAAAAGAAUUAUCAAAUGAA